AUGGCACCUCAUAUCCAUUAUACUAAGCUUUUCAUCAACAACGAGUGGGUUGACUCGAAAAGUGGCAAAACUUUCGACACGUAUAACCCCCAUGAUGGCUCCGUUAUAGCUAAAGUAUCUGAAGGCGAUAAGGAGGACAUUGACCUAGCGGUUGCCGCUGCAAAGAAAGCCUUUGCCAGAAAUUCAGAAUGGCGUCUCAUGGAUCCAAGUGAGCGUGGCAAGAUCCUUUACAGAUUCGCUGAUUUAGUAGAAAAGGAGGCCAAUUAUCUUGCACAGUUGGAAAGCUACAACAAUGGCAUGGUAUUACAUAUGAACACUAUGCUUAUGACUGGAGCGCCUGAUGAAAUCAGAUACACUGCCAGUUUAGCGGACAAAAUCGAAGGAAAUACUAUCCCAUCUGAUGGAGAUACUUUCUGCUACACUCUAAAGCAGCCAGUGGGUGUAUGUGGUCUUAUAUUACCCUGGAAUGUGCCCAUCCUCAUGUUCCUCAAGAAGGUCACAACUGCUUUGGCUGCAGGUUGUACAACCGUCGUCAAGCCAGCUGAACAGACGCCCCUCACCGCCCUGUAUCUUGCUUCGCUCCUCCAAAAGGCCGGAGUACCCCCUGGUGUGGUGAACGUUGUCAAUGGCUACGGAGAAACCGCUGGAGUAGCUCUCACACACCACCCUGAUGUCGCUAAGAUUUCCUUCACCGGUUCGCUUGAAGUUGGCAAGUUGAUCCAACAAGCCGCUGGUGCCAAUAAUUUGAAACGUAUCACCUUGGAGUUGGGAGGAAAGAGCCCGCUUGUUAUCAUGAAUGACGCUGACUUGGCGGCUGCCAUCCCCUAUGCUGCCUUCGGAGUGUUCACACACCAGGGUCAGAUCUGUAUCGCAGCAUCCCGUCUGUACGUGCAGUCUGGUAUUUACGACCAGUUUGUGAAGGGCGCCGUGGAAAUGGCUAAGAACUAUAAAAUUGGAAACCCCUUCGAUGCUGAUACGCAGCAUGGACCUCAGAUCGACGAAGGAAUGAUGAAGAAAGUACUAGGCUACAUUGAAAAAGGCAAACAGGAGGGUGCCAAGCUCCUGGUCGGUGGUAAACAGUCUGGCAGCAAGGGCUACUAUAUUGAACCUACUGUCUUUGCUGAUGUUCAAGAUGACAUGACCAUUGCUAAGGAGGAAAUCUUCGGCCCAGUGCAAAGCAUCCUGAAGUUCGAGACAUUGGAAGAGGUCAUUGACCGCGCGAACGCGACCAACUACGGCCUAGCCGCUGGUAUCUUCACCACCAACGUGAACACUGCAGCUAUUCAGUUCUCUAAGAAUGUUGAAGCUGGUAUAGUUUGGGUUAAUACUUACAUGAAGAUGUGCACCCAAGCACCUUUCGGUGGUUUCAAGGAGUCUGGAAUCGGACGUGAAGGAGGUCAACGCUGCGUUGACGAAUACCUUGAAGUGAAAACAGUGACAAUGGCUGUACCAAAGAAAAUCAGUAACUAGGAUCUGAGGAUGAUUAGGAUUAUUAGGAUUAAAUAAAAUGUUAUUCUUGCAAUA